AUGGAUGGUAUUGACGCACGUGAUCCAACGGCCUUCGAGCGUGUCCUAUUCAAUUCCCACCCAACAGUCAUCGAUCUGCCAGGCAUGAAUCAAUUGUUUCAGUGGCUGACAUGGCGAGAACAUCGGAAGACUCUUACUAGCGCUGUGUGCUCCUUGUUCUCUGGCGUUUCUGGGCUCCUGCCGCAAGCCAUCAUUCGACCAUCAGCCACCCGUCAGCAGCGAGGCUGGGUAGUCAGCAGCGUUUCGCCCUUUGCGUCGCCCCCUUCGUUUGAACUUCAUCAUCACCGCCAACCACCACCACAACCACAACCACAACCACCAACACCACAACCACCACCGCUAUCUCCACCAUCUCCACCAUCUCCACCAUCACUCCCUCCUUGCUCCUCUCCGCAUUCUCUCGUCUCCCAUGAGCGGCAUGGCCUCGUCGAUACGUUGACUCGACUUCUCAUAUCCCGCCUACACUAUUCUUAUCCCGCGUUGCCAGCCUGA